AUGUCCAAAAACAAUGCAAUGGGUUUAUUGGCGAACCAGUUUGGGUUGAAGAUCGUUGAUGAUUCGAAUUCAUCGACAUCGGCGGAAACCAGCACCGCAGGCGAUGACACUCCUAAAACGAACUCAGAACCCAGCAUAUCCGACGAGAAACCCAGCCAGACAAUUGGCACCCAGGAGAAGGAUGUGGGAAUUCCCAAAGAUGCACCAGUCGGAUCCAUUGCUCGUAUAAAAUCUCUCUACCAGGGGCCAGAAGACAGCCAAGGUCGAGCUCAGUGGCUUGACAAGUAUCCCGAAGAUGUGGAAGAAGCUGCUGAAAACGAGGAGACUGAUAAGUAUGCCUUAAUUGCAAGGAAAGAGAAAUGUUUUGAUGGGCGUAAGAAGUUCGAGAUAAGUUCUAUCGUCGUACAUAGUCCUGACCUUAAGAGGGUCCUCGGGGUUGUUUUCAAGGAUUAUCCAGGGAUCACUUGUCAGCUUGAUCGUCUAGAAUUUCAUGCACCAUAUGAGCCAUUCGUCCACCGCUGGCUUGACUUCACAAAAGCAGUCAAGUCAGAAAGAGAUCCACUCACAAAGCAGCACCUGGAUCUUCUUCAAUCACUUCUCAGGGAAGAGCUCAAAGAUGUCAUCAAAGCCGUAGAGGACUACGUGGUCCAUGGUGUUACGACUUGGAAGCAUCUCUGGGCCAUUUUCCAACCUGGAGCCAUCGUCUAUUCAGCGCAACGUGGUUUACCAAGGGCUCUCAAAUUUUACAGUGGAACUUACACAAAAGACAAUUGUGGCGAAAGCUACCAACUGCGGGUUGAACCUAUUGACUGGGAUGGGUCACGCUUUGGUGUCGGCGACGACUAUAUCUCCAUUUAUAAAUACUUAGGAACACGGCCCAUCAAAGACCUAAGCGCGUGCCCCCUUUCUUUCCAUCCAGAGAAAGAAAUUAUUCGCACAACUCUGAUAAAAAGGGGAAGAAAAUUUGAGCAGUUAGCUGGAUAUCAUUACAAAGCUUACAAAGGAAUUGCUCUCACAUGGAAUUCAAGGAACGAACUAAUACCGAUUACGGCCAACGGCAGGAUUAUUAUCGAUGCUCAGUCGCUCAGGAAGUUCAACCCUCAAUUCGCGUCAGGCGUUAAUGAACUCGACAAGGACCACUUCGUGCUGGAAGAUUCAAGCAAAGAUAUGCCACAGCAGAAAAUCGAUUCCACUGUCUAUGAAACCGAGACAUCAAGACCUAAGGUGCGCUUAACAGACGAGGGUUGUCUAAUUUGUAAAACCACGGUGCCUGGGUACUCUCUGUCGCUCAAAAAAUGGCUAUAUUUUGCCGUUGACAACGUCUGCGAGAUUGAAUGGAAUGACAAUGCUUUCGAGAAGCUGGUCCUUCCUGAUGAUACAAAGGACUUACUUCUUGGCUUCGUAGAGAGUCAAUUGGAAUCAGUAAACACCUUUGACGAUGUCAUCUCCGGCAAAGGCAAAGGCAUAAUCAUGCUUCUAUCAGGUCCACCAGGAGUAGGCAAGACCUUGACCGCCGAAUCCGUCGCCGAAACCAUGCACAUCCCUCUAUACAUGAUGUCCGCAGGCGAUCUCGGAAUCCGACCAAACGAAGUCGAGACGUCCUUACGCGACAUCCUCGAAAUGGUGUCGAAAUGGAACGCCAUCCUCCUCCUCGACGAAUGUGACGUCUUCCUCGAAGCACGCACCUCCAACGACCUCGAACGCAACAAACUCGUUUCCAUAUUCCUCCGUACUCUCGAAUACUACGAGGGCAUCCUCUUCCUAACCACCAACCGCAUCUCCAACAUGGACGCGGCAUUCCAGUCGCGGAUCCACGUCUCCAUGGCGUACCCGGAUCUUACGACCGCUAGUCGUCGCCAGAUCUGGCAGAACUUUUUGACGUUGUCGAAACAGAAAAGUGAGAUUGAGGAGAAGGAUUUGGAUAUGCUGGCGCAGGUUAAUUUGAAUGGUAGGCAGAUUAAAAAUGUUCUUAAGACUAGCUUUUUGUUGGCGAGUCGGAAGAAGAGUCCGUUGAAAAGGGAACAUGUGGAGGUUGUGCUGGCUAUUGAGGGGAGGAGACCGGAUGGGGGGUUUGAUGUUGUGGGAUGA